AAAAGAUGAACGAAUGCUUUUUUUUUUCAGAUAUUUGAGGUUAACAAAUGAUUGUCACAAAUUCACAAUUUGAUAUAAUCAUCAAAAUCGACUUUGCUUUGGACCGCUCUUAGUUUAUACGACAUUUGAAAAUUCCAACUUUCACUAAAAUCCAAGAUUUUAUAAAUACGACGUAUACACACACCACCCUGUGGGUGCACAUAUGCAUGCACGUACACACACGUAUGAUCCUAUAACCACUAGUUGCCACUAUAUUUAUAUAUACCAAUGGCUCGGUUUUUCAUAAUUAGAAACUCUAAAAUAUUUCCAAUAACCAUCUUAUCAUAUGAUGAUUUUAUGCGUCUAUAGGGCUGACCUGCACUAGAUGCUGGAUUCACAGAUUAAUACAUCAUUAUAUAAUUACCCAAUUGUCAUUGGGCUUAGUUAUUUAUAUAUGUUAUAUAAAAUAAGAUAAAGAUGUGGGCCCCAAGCAUGGCAGAUAGGUGUCAAAAAUUGAAAAGAAACAUCUCAUUGGCUUCCCUUUAACAUCACAUAAUGUAAAACCAACCAAAAACAAUAGAGAGAGAAACCGUGUGAUCUCUAUCUACUUGCUCUUUUGAUAACGCAAUCGAUCUUACCCAUAAACCCUAAUCCCUUUCUUGGUUGCUUCCUCCUUUUAUUCCCAUCUCACAAAUCCUUAAUCCAAUCGCAUAAUUAGACUAUUCGGGCUAGAAGGACCUAGAUUAAUAGUAUUAAUUUAGAUAUUUUAAUAUCAUUAAAUUUAGUCUUUAACUAUUUAAAUCAAUCCAUAUAAAGUUUCUAAAAUUAGUAUUAUUUUCAUUUGUGUCUCCAAUGAAAUCAAACUAAUAUUUUACCAAAAUGAAAUUCGAAAGAGAGGAAAUGAUUUCACAAUCGACGUGACCAAAAAAAAAAUUGAAGCUAUUCACAACAUCAAAACCAUAUAUAAACCACAUAAAAAAAAGAUAGAUAUUUGUGAAAAAGGAAUCAAUUUUUUUUUUCUCAAAAAUCAGGAUGGAUGCUAUAUUCUUACCAAAUGAUAUUUUGGUUAUUAGGGUCCAGCUGUAUACAAUCUUUGCAUGCAAUGUCUCUUCGUGUGCUUUUCCAUUGGCUCACCAACUCCAUAACCAAUUGCACGUAAUCCCCCUUUCAUUUCCCCCCCUAUAUAUAUACCUCUCCAUUUCAAUUCAUUUCCCACACAUCUCAAGCCAUAAUACAAAAAAAAAAGAUUCAACAUUUUCACAACAAAAAUUUGAAUAUGGCCAUCUUCAAGAUCUCUGUGCUCUCUGCAAUAUUUGCGACGUUAUUGGUCGUGUCGGCUGCUGAUUUCGGCCGGGAGGUGGACAUAACUUGGGGAAACGGUCGUGGAAAGAUACUCAACAAUGGCGAACUCCUCACUCUGUCUCUCGACAAGUCCUCAGGCUCGGGCUUUCAGUCCAAGAACGAGUUCUUGUUCGGAAAGAUCGAUAUGCAGAUCAAACUCGUGCCCGGAAACUCCGCAGGCACUGUCACCACCUUCUACCUGAAAUCUCCGGGAUCGACUUGGGAUGAGAUCGAUUUCGAGUUCUUGGGUAAUUUAAGUGGCGACCCUUACAUUUUACACACGAAUGUUUACACGCAAGGGAAGGGUAACAAAGAACAACAGUUCUAUCUCUGGUUCGACCCGACAGCAAACUUCCACACUUACUCCAUUCUCUGGAACCCUCAAAGGAUCAUAUUCUCCGUCGAUGGAACGCCGAUAAGAGAGUUCAAGAACUUCGAAUCGAUCGGAGUUCUCUUCCCCAAGAACCAGGCGAUGAGGAUGUACGCGAGCUUGUGGAACGCAGACGACUGGGCCACGAGGGGCGGCCUCGUCAAGACGGACUGGUCGAAGUCACCGUUCACAGCCUCUUACAAGAGCCUUAGAGUCGAGGCCUGUGUCUGGUCCAACGGAAGAUCGAGCUGCAACUCGAAACCCAGUUCAUGGUUCACUCAGGAGAUGGAUUCGACGAGCCAGGCAAGACUGAGAUGGGUCCAGAAGAACUACAUGAUCUACAAUUACUGUACGGACGGGAAGAGAUUUCCGCAGGGUCUCCCAAGGGAAUGCUCCAUGAGUUCAUAGAUCGACUGUGAAAUAUCUUUCUCUGCUUUUUAUGCUCUGUUUUUUUUUUGUUGUUCUUUGUCUGGUGUAUAUAUAUACAUAUAUAUAUAUAUAUAUGCUGUGGUGGUGGUGUUGGUUCUGAUUCUUUGGGUUGGAUUUGUAUAUUCCUACAAUAAAAGUGCGUCGCUGUUGUGUA